AUGAUCGAAGAUUCGCCCGAUUUUGGGAAUGUAGUUCGGUGUUUCAGAUGUUGCAUUUCUAGACCUUCCUUCUCUGGCUCAGUUUCUGCCCCCCCCAGUGCCCUCUUUGGGGCAGCUGCUUCCCCCUCCAGUGCCACCACAGGCCCCAGCCUCUUUGGGACAAUUUCUUCCCCUCCGCAAUCUUCUACAUGCCCCAACCUCUUUAGAACAGCUUCCUCCCUCCCGCAAUCUUCCACGGGCCCAGGCCUCUUUGGGGCAGCUUCUUCUCCCGUAACACAUCUCUCCUCUGGACCAACACCUCUCUCCAAGCUGUCUUCUGCUCCUACAUUGACUGCUUCCUCUCAAAUUUCUAAAUGGUAUUCAACCUACUUGACUGAAGCAAGGCGGAGCACAGGUUCUCGGCCUUCUGUGAUAACAUUUCGUCAGGAUGUAUUCACUAUUCUGAUAAAGGAGUUGAGCGAGUGCUCCGAGUGCCGACAGCGUGUAGACAAGAUUUCUGCCUUUUGCUCAGCGUUAGAAAGGGCAUUGGAUAAAGCCAUUGGGGAGGUAAAUCCAGAUGUAUUGUUCGACGAGAGUCGAAGUAGCUCGAUCGAUAUUCUGAGAUCCCCCCCAGCGUUGGCAUUUUCAUUUGGCUGUGCGCCACAGAAGUCUUAA